CACUCGCCACUCAAAACCGCGCUGGCGUACGAAUGCUUCCAGGACCAGGACAACUCCACGCUGGCUUUGCCCUCGGACCAAAGGAUGAAGACCGGCACGUCGGGCAGGCAGCGUGUGCAGGAGCAAGUGAUGAUGACCGUCAAACGGCAGAAAUCCAAGUCUUCGCAGUCGUCCACCCUGAGCCACUCCAACCGAGGCUCCAUGUAUGAUGGGCUGGCUGACAAUUACAACAACUACGGGACCACGAGCAGAAGCAGCUACUUCUCCAAGUUCCAGGCGGGGAAUGGCUCGUGGGGCUAUCCGAUCUACAAUGGGACCCUCAAGCGGGAGCCUGACAACAGGCGCUUCAGCUCCUACAGCCAGAUGGAAAACUGGAGCCGUCACUACCCCCGCGGCAGCUGUGCCACCACUGGCGCCGGCAGCGACAUCUGCUUCAUGCAGAAAAUCAAGGCGAGCCGCAGUGAACCUGACCUCUACUGUGACCCGAGGGGCACGCUGCGCAAGGGCACGCUGGGCAGCAAGGGCCACAAGACCACCCAGAACCGCUACAGCUUUUACAGCACUUGCAGCGGUCAGAAGGCCGUCAAGAAGUGCCCCGUGCGACCACCCUCCUGUACCUCCAAGCAGGACGCCGUGUAUGUGCCGCCUAUCUCCUGCAACAAGGACCUGUCCUUUGGCCAUUCGAGAGCCAGUUCCAAGAUCUGCAGUGAGGACAUUGAGUGCAGUGGGCUGACCAUCCCCAAAGCUGUGCAGUACCUGAGCUCCCAGGAUGAGAAGUACCAAGCCAUUGGGGCCUAUUACAUCCAGCAUACCUGCUUCCAGGAUGAAUCUGCCAAGCAACAGGUCUAUCAGCUGGGGGGCAUCUGCAAGCUAGUGGAUCUCCUCCGCAGCCCCAAUCAGAAUGUCCAGCAAGCUGCUGCUGGGGCCCUGCGCAACCUGGUAUUCAGGAGCACCACCAAUAAGCUGGAGACCAGGAGGCAGAAUGGGAUCCGUGAGGCUGUCAGCCUCCUGCGGAGAAGCGGGAGCACGGAGAUCCAGAAACAAUUAACUGGUCUACUCUGGAACCUGUCUUCCACUGAUGAGCUGAAGGAGGAGCUGGUGGCCGAUGCCCUACCUGUUCUGACUGACCGGGUCAUCAUUCCUUUCUCUGGCUGGUGUGAUGGCAACAGCAACAUGUCCCGGGAAGUGGUGGACCCUGAGGUCUUCUUCAAUGCUACGGGCUGCUUGAGGAACCUGAGCUCAGCUGAUGCCGGCCGCCAGACUAUGCGCAACUACUCUGGGCUCAUUGACUCCCUCAUGGCCUAUGUCCAGAACUGUGUGGCUGCCAGCCGCUGUGAUGACAAGUCCGUGGAGAAUUGCAUGUGUAUCCUGCAUAACCUCUCCUACCGCCUGGAUGCUGAGGUGCCCACCCGCUACCGCCAGCUGGAUUACAAUGCCCGCAACACCUAUACUGAGAAGUCCUCCACCGGCUGCUUCAGCAACAGGGGUGACAAGAUGAUGAACAAUAACUACGAUUGCCCCCUGCCUGAGGAAGAGAGCAACCCCAGGGGCAGCAGCUGGCUGUACCACUCAGAUGCCAUCCGCACCUACCUGAACCUCAUGGGAAAGAGCAAGAAAGAUGCAACCUUGGAAGCCUGUGCUGGUGCCCUGCAGAACCUGACGGCCAGCAAGGGGCUGAUGUCCAGUGGUAUGAGCCAGUUGAUUGGGCUAAAGGAAAAGGGCUUGCCACAAAUCGCCCGCCUCCUGCAAUCUGGCAAUUCUGAUGUGGUGCGGUCCGGGGCCUCGCUGCUGAGCAACAUGUCACGCCACCCCAUGCUGCACAGAGUGAUGGGAAACCAGGUGUUCCCAGAGGUAACCCGACUCCUCACCAGCCACACUGGCAACACCAGCAACUCUGAAGAUAUCUUGUCCUCAGCCUGCUACACUGUGAGGAACCUGAUGACCUCGCAGCCUCAGAUGGCCAAGCAGUACUUCUCCAACAGCAUGCUCAACAAUGUCUUCAAUCUAUGCCGAAACAGUGGCUCACCUAAGGCUGCAGAGGCUGCCCGGCUACUCCUGUCUGACAUGUGGGCCAGCAAGGAGCUGCAAAGCGUCCUCAGGCAGCAAGGUUUUGAUAGGAACAUGUUGGGAACCAUAGCUGGGGCCAACAGCCUCAGAAACUUCACCUCCCGGUUCUAAGAAGAGACUGUUCAAGCAAGUUCGACUUGCAGAAAGACACAACCCAGCUCGGAAGACUUCAGGCCUUGAGGAUGGGUUACCUGCUUCAUCCUGUGCUGUAUUUGGAGACGUUCAGAUGCAACCAAGAACAACCUGAAAACUGUGGAUGAUGGAAAUAAUUUUUGAUUCUUUUUUUUUCCUUAGGGGAACUGGGAGGCAAGAGGGUUUGGGAGGUUGGGUGGGGGAACUUUCUUGAGUUAAAGGGGCUUAUGUCUGAUGUCAAUACUUUCUUCUCUGAGAAACAGUAUAUAUAUAUAUAAUGUGUAUAAUGUAAGUAUGUGUGUAUGUGUGUGCGUGUGUGUAUGUGUGUGUGUGUGUGUGCGUGUAUGAAUGCUUAACAACAUAACCAACAACUGCAACAGGCUAGGUCCGCUGAUUCUUUGAAGUUCACAGGCAGUACAGAGGACUCUCCAUGUCUCCCUAUAGACAAGAGCCACGUGUUUUUGGCUAUUUGGAAGUAUAGUGUGUCCAGACAGGGGCCCUUGACUGUCAAGCCACAGAAAGUUCAGUAGCCUUUUUCUGCCACUUCCCAGAUGGCAGGAGAAGGGACAGUAGCCAAGGCUGAGGCUAAUGUUCCCUCUUAAGAGGCAGAUGGGGCCUCCAGAAGGCACAGGAUGGUGUCACUUGCCUAGCUAGAGAAUAGGAGCAGAAAGACAGGCUCACCAUUCGAAGCCUUAGUUGGCUGAGUCCCAGAUUUCAGAGAGCCUGCAAGCAGCUAUUUCAGGAGAAAGAAAGCAAGAAUAUAGACUGAGGUCAAAGAGCUCUGGGAAUAGCUGCUUAUUCCCAUCUUCCUAAAGGAUGGGUGGGAAUGGGUGGGAAUGGGUAGGGACCUGGCACCUGUCUGCUCAGGCUUCUCACAGAACAAGAGAGGAGAACUAGAAAUUAUCUGCCAUGUGUCUCAGACUCAGCCUGCUGAGUGUCAGGUGAGAGAGUGCUUGAGGGUCCCAGAGGCUGAAGGGAGGGGAUUUGCACGGAUAAACCAAGAAAAGGAAGGGUCCUUUUUGGCAUCAGCCAGCCCACAUCCCAGCCAUCAACCAUUCCUCUUUCUCCCUGAACCCUAGCUGUCCUGUCUGCACCCCUGUGAAACAAAAAGACCUAUCAUGGUGGAGGCAGCCAACCCCAGGACCCCAGACUUUGCACUUCAGACAGUAGUAGCAAAAGAGCACCUGGGAACCCCAUGAGUGGGCCUGUCUAUGUCAAGAUCCCUAGGACAGGCGGAGGGUUGGGGCAGAGGUGAGCCUUCUCCAGGGCCUCUCAUGCCUAGGCUAACACCUCUCAGCUGGUGUGGUUAGUGCUGGGUAGACAAGAGUGAUCAGGGUCAGACCUCUCUCAAGGAGGAUGUACGGUGCUCCCUGGCCCACCCCUCUACUUACCCCAGCAGGAAGACUGUAAAAAUCCUUUGUGGCUCAGGCUAGCCUAGGAAAAGAUCUGUCCACGGAGGAUGGAGGUCAGAUACGCCAGGACAUUGUCCUGAAAGGAGUCCUAAGCCAUCUAACCCACUGUGCUCUGGCGCUCUGAGCCUACAACACCCUUCCCAGUUUGGCUCAUGUUGGAAUCUGCCUGGUGCCUCACCUCUCCUCCAAUAUCAAUGUGGGAUGCUACCCCACCACACUAUCCUUGGAUAGGUUUCUUGGGAUCUCCCUUGCCAGUCACUGGGAUCCAAAACAAUCCAUUUCUUAAAACAUGCCAUUGGCACACUACUCCAUGCCAGGCAGUGUUCUAAGGAAACCCUUAGGGUACAUCAGUACAUGAAACUUUCCACACCCCAGUCCCAUACAGUGUAUGUCCUCCCAGGGAAAAAGGAAACCCAGGUCCUGGGCUUUAGGAACCAGCCCCCUCUUAAGUAAGUUGGAGAGAAACACACAGAACAUCCGAGUCAAAGAGUGGAACUGUUAUAGACCCUCAGCAACACCCUUCCUUCAGCAUGGUCCUCACUUCCUGCAGCUCAGGGGCUUGCUUAGUUUUCCUUUCUCUAGGAAGAAGGUUUGGCAGACUCACCCUUUGCUUUGGGGAUGAAUCGGGUGUCCAGACACCCAGGGGCCAGACCUGAACUUCCUCCAUGAAACUGGCCAGAUAGACUGGGCCCAACUCACGCCUGUCACUCAGGAAGGGUAAAAUUAAGGGGCUUAUGGAUACAUUCCUAGAAGAGGAAAAAAGGGGCUGAACUGACUUUACAUAUCCCAGACCUAUCUUAGUGUUUUAAAUUGGAUUUGUCUUCUAUUUCCAUGCCUAAAACAAGUUACAGUUGAGGACCAAUGAAAAAAGUUUUCCUUGAUUUGGGAUCUCCUAUGACAGAUCCAAUUAUUGUCCACCAGCAACCUGCCCAAUGAGGGAUGGACCAGCCACCCAGAUCCCAUACCUCUUCCAAGGACCCAAGAGGCCAAGGAUGGCCUGUGGUCCACUCAGCUCCUGGCUGGGUCUCUGGGCUUGCGGUUUCUGGGAAUCUUCCUCCGGCCCUCACUCUCCUUGCUCUGUCAUGUAUGAGAACCUUGUGCCAGCCAGACCUGGUUUCCUUGUAUGAUACACCAUGUAUUUGCUUUGUUGAAAUAUAGGAAAUCAAUAAAUUGAUAGUGUUUCUUUGAACAUUC